AUGUCUAACCGCCGGACGCCAGCUGAUGUCCAUCAAACUCAACCCGCAAUCCCUACCUCCGGAUCGAGCGAACAACUACAAGAUAACCAGCCUCGCGCUCAAGGACAUUCCCUUUCUUCUUCUUCUGCUUCUUUCCACCAAUCCACUUCCGUACCACCAACUACAGCUGACCAGCAGUGGUUUCCAGCAUCUCAGCAGAUGAUCGUCACCAGCUCUUCCUUCUAUGACCCUACUCAGGCCUCAGGCUUUACAGCCCACCAGCCUUCCAUGAACGUCUGGAAUGCCCAAUUCACAGGUCCAGGUACCGAAUACUUUCCCCGACAACACCCGACAUACCAGCAGCCGUAUGAUGCCUUUGAAGGAGCAGAGACGAGCCAGUAUUCAUUUGCUCAAAACCAAGUUAGAGAGCAGCAGCAGCCUGAGCAGCAGCGCCGCCUUAUACCCACCCCACGGCGCUCGGCACAUGGUGGUUCCCGGACUUCUGGAUACUAUAGGCAGAGGAGCGCUGAAGGCCAGCAACACGCAGGUCAAUACUCACAGCUCCCUUCCGUUUCUCCCAAUCCUCCCUCAACCCAUCCUUCCCCUCCUCAGCCCUCUCAACAGCCAACAGGCCAAGCCCUCGCUGCACAGCGUACAACUGAAUUAAUCGCAAGUCAAUUCCCUCCAGUGCAAGCCGAACAGCAGUACCCGGCUCAGCAGCCCCAGCCCCAUUUCUCGCCCCCUCCUACCCAGUCCCAAUUCCAGAUCCAACAAACUCAGUUCCCGCCUACUCCACAGUUUCCCCAGAGUCAGGCUAGGCAGCAGAGUCAGUUUUCACAAUCCCACCAUCCUCGUGUCCCAUCGCAAUCGCAAUCGCACCCUCACGCUCCAACGCAAUCGCAUACUCACGUCCCUUCGCAAUCUCGUGCCCACCCUCAUGUUCAGUCGCAUACCCAAUCGCAACAUCAGAUUCACGCUCCUCCAAAUCCACCCCGACAGUCUCAACACUAUUCGGGCCCAUCAGAUUCCUAUUACCUUCAGAGCGAUAUGUAUUAUGCAAUCAAUACGCAAGGGAGUCAGAGUGCGCCUAGCCUUAACUCGACCCACGCGCAUUCGACGUCUCCCCACUCGCCUUUUGCAACGUUUGGGCCUCAUACGCCACCUGGAAACUCGCACACGCCUCCUAGUGAUGGUGGCCCCAUACUUGGACUCCCGCGCUCACACGACUCUGUCUCUCCGGCCUCGUACGCAAGCCACCCUACGUCAUCCUCAUUCGACGAUUCGUCUUCGGGGCAUCCAACCUCGUCUGUGGGCUCGGGUAACGUGCACAUGACUUCACAGGGCAUGGGCCAUGCUGCAACUUCGUCGAUCUCGACUGUCACCCCUGGGUCGCCACCAAUGGUCGCAGCGCCACAGCAACAGCAGCAGCAACGUGUACAGAUCCGUCAGCGCCCAAUUAUGCCUAUCACUGCGGCAGCGGCAGCGCCUCAGGCAGGUCCUGCACGGCCUCCAAUCGUACCGAAGCCGCCCGCUCCUCGCCCUGCAACAAACCGAAGGGCUCGUGCUCCAAAGCGACCAAGGCCAUCGACAUCCCAGGGCGGUGAGGGUAGGGGUGGGGACAGUGAUGAUGAUAGUGAUGACGAUGAUGUGGUAGAAUGGGCUGGACCAUCUGUGCCUCCACAAGGCGCGGCUACAGGGGUGGUGGGUCAACGCAAGUGA